AAGGAGGGCGGAGCAAAUAACACGCUGAAAGAAGUUCUUGUUUUAACUUCAGUCGGGUAGAUUUACGCCAUGUUUAUUUCGUUUUACGAAAAUUGUUUAAAACUGAGUUGUAUGGAUUAGUUAUCGUCGCUGUAAACCACAGUUUCACCGUUUCAACACGUAAAGUUUGAGUUCAUCGCAUUAUUCACGAGGAGGCAAAAAACACAGAAGAACUUCGAUCAAGACUGCAACAAGUAUUGAUCUAUACAGCUUCUCAGCCUCUGAACAAAUACAGGGUUUGAAAGAUCUGAGAGCACUUCUCUGAUUGGUCACCACAUCCAGAGGCCGUAAACAUGCAUCACCAUCAGAGUGACUCUGACUCCAGUGAUGACAGCAUGAAAGAUCCUCCUUUUAUGAAAUAUGAAUAUGACAUUACUCAUCUCCAAGAAGAAUUGAACAAACUCCAUGAAAAAAUUUCUCCGGAAUGCAAUAAGCAUAUAAAGAAAAUGACUGAAGUCGUCAAUGAGUUUGAAAAAGAUUUCAGACAUGCUACUAACAUCUCUAGAGGAGCAGUGAUAUCUGGAGCUGUUGGAGUUGCUGGCAUAAUUCUAGGAUUAGCUUUAGCUGCAUUUACUGGAGGGGCUUCUGUCAUUGUCUCUGGAUUAGGGACAGCUGCGCUCGCAGGUGGUGGAAUUGCUCUUGCUAUUGGGGAAUUCAAGAAAACACAGCAGGAGAAGAACUUAAGACAAACCAUAGAAAAAGAACUUGAGGAAUUUCAGAAUAAAAUCAGCCCUAUUAUUAACAUGCUAGAGAAGAUUUGUAAUCGUACUCAGGAAAUACUGAGAGACCCUACGCUAUCAAAGCACAAAGCCAAUGCAAUACGGGAACGUUUCUCCUACUGCUUUGAAAAAAUACACCUCUUCCAGAAAGAUAGCAACAGAGAAGUGGGUGCACGGAAACAUUUGGCUGGAGAUCUUUCAGAAAUUGUAGCUGAGAUGAGUUCUGUGCUUGAAAUUCUGGAAGAGAUCAUCGAAGACAAAGAGGAGCAAGAUGACAAUGACAACCCUGAAGAAACACCCGCACAUAAACAAAUAGAUGAAAAAGAGUUCAAGGAAAAAGCAGAGAAAUUCAUUGAUGAAAUGAGGAAAGGAAUCGAUCAGUUACAGAAUGUCAUGAAUGAAAUUGAUCUAACAAAACAAAGACUAUUUAAAAAAAAAUGAAUAAAUUCUGAUGAAAUAAAACUAUGUGAACAACUGACAGAAAACAACAGCCCAACUAGCAUCUCAAUGUAUUGAAUGAUAUAAACAUCCAAUUGUCCUACAGUGAUUAAUGUUAUAAACAUGUACCUGUUAAUUCUAUCAGGUCUAUCAGGUAUGUUAGAAUUAUACAGGAAAUAUAUAUAUAUAUUGGAUGUGCAAAAACUUACAGUGAUUACAUUGAUUUUGCUCUGCAUUAUUUUUUUAUGUAUAUACUGUGCUUUAUCAUUAUUUAAUUUUUUUUAACUUUCAUUACACUAAGAUGUAUUACAAUGUA